CCCAGUCACUCACUCGCUCACUCACUCACAGCCGCCUCCGCCUCCGCUUCAACCAGGGCGAGACGGACGGAAAGGGCUCGCGACGUUGGACGGACGGACGGGCGACACACUGAGCAUCCAAUCCACAAUUACCAACACCACCUGCCUGCCGUCGUUGGGUGGUAGCUCUACGGCCCGCCAUGGCAGCCCCGAAUCAGGCAAACAAGCAUGCCUUCCUGUCCAUGGCCCCGCCGCCAAACUACGUCGCCGGCUUGGGGCGAGGCGCAUCAGGCUUCACCACUCGCUCCGACAUUGGCCCAGCUCGACAGCAGAGGCCCGACGACAAGGGCAAGGCAAGGGCCGAUGGUGAAGACGGCGAUGGCGAUGAUGAAGGUGGAGCCGGCGGUGGUGAAGAGGGGCAAUUUGACGACCGCGAUCCAGAGAAUGAGACGGGCUUGUUCGCGGGCGGCGUCUACGAGAAGGAUGAUGAGGAGGCGGAUCGCAUCUGGGAGGCAGUAGACAACAAGAUGGACGAGAGGCGAAGAGACAAGCGCGAGGCGAAAGAGAGGGAAGAGAUGGAAAAGCUGCGUGCAGAGAGACCAAAGAUUCAAGCUCAAUUCGCAGAUCUGAAGCGCGGAUUGGGCGCCAUCUCGCAGGACGAGUGGGCUGCGCUGCCCGAACCAGGCAACUUGACGGGCAAGAAGAGGAAGAAGGCAGAGAAGCGCGAGGCCAGAGAGACUGGCAGAAGCUACGUCGUACCAGAUAGUGUCUUGCUGGGGGCCAGAGACCAGAACGCGACCGUCUCAGAGGAUCAGACGGAGCAGGGAACAACAACGAGCCUCACCGAGAUCGGAGAAGCACGCAACAAGGUCUUCUCCCAUAACCUCGAUCAAGCGGGGACUAAGACCUCGCUAGGUGGUACGGCAUCUACCAUCGAUCCACAAGGCUACCUCACCUCCCUCUCCUCAUUGCCGACGCAAUCCACUGCAGAAAUCGGCGACAUCAAGCGCGCUCGUUCCCUCUACGACUCGCUCAUCAAGACGAAUCCCUCGCAUGCACCCGGCUGGAUCUCAGCAGCCCGUCUGGAGGAGAGAGCUGGCAAGAUGGUCACAGCCCGCAAAAUCAUCGCCCAAGGCUGCGAGCAUUGCGCCAAGAGCGAGGACAUUUGGCUGGAGAACGCGCGCCUGAAUGGGCGAGACAACGGCAAAGUAGUGCUAGCUCAAGCUACGCAAGCGCUGCGCGGACAGAGCGUCAAGAUCUGGCUAGCGGCUAUGGAUCUCGAGACGGAUCCGGAGAGCAAGAAGCGGGUGUUGCGCAAGAGUCUGGAGUUCCUGCCCACGAGCGUGACGUUGUGGAAGAAGCUGGUCAGCCUGGAGUCAGAUCCAGGGGCAGCCCGCGUCCUCCUUUCGGGCGCAGUUGGUGCCAUUCCCUCUUCGGAGUCCCUCUGGCUUGCUCUUGCUCGCAUCUCGACGCCGGACGAGGCCAAGCAAGUCCUCAACGAAGCACGCCGCAACAUACCCACGUCACACGCAGUCUGGAUCGCGGGUGCUCGCCUCACCGAGCAGACUAGCGAGGCAGCCACCGAUGCGACGCAGAAGCAGCUCGACGGGCGUCUGGCGAUGGCGGUGCGCUCUCUGACGAAAGCGGGGGCAGUCCUCUCGCGCGAUCAAUGGAUGGAGGAAGCUCUACGCACUGAGUCGGAAGGCAGUCCGAUGACAGCCACGGCCAUCAUCAAUGCGACGCUCGACAUAGGCAUGGACGACGACGAGGAGCGUCGCAUCGUCUGGGUUCAGGACGCAGAAGCGGCCAAGGAGCGAGGCAACAUCGCCGUGGCCCGCGCAAUUGUCGCCUACACGCUGCGUCUCUUUCCUGACCGAGGCAGCGUCUGGCGCUUCGCCGUUGACCUCGAAAAGGAGCUCGCUGCCGCAGAAGGAGGGGACAUUUCGUCACUCGAGGCAUUGCUGGAGCGCGCCGUCUCUGCCGUACCGAAGAACGAGACUCUCUGGCUCAUCUACGCCAAGUCCAAGUGGGAGCGAGGAGACGUUCCCGGUGCAAGACAGAUCCUCAUUCGAGCAUUCCAGCGCAAUUUGGGGUCGGAGGACAUCUCCCUCGCGGCUGCGAAGCUCGAGUUUGAGAAUGGAGAGAAGAAUGCGGCACGAUCACUGCUGGAGCGAGCAAGGGGGGAGGUGGGGUCAGCCCGCGUCUGGAUCAAGAGCGCGGUCUUCGAGCGCGAUGAGGGGCAGCAUACGCGUGCGCUGGAAAUCGUCGUUGAGGGGCUGGCAAAGCACGAUGGCGAACCCAAGCUCUGGCUCAUGCGCGCGCAGCUUCUACAACAUCCAAGCGUCAACGCCGACCCUGCCGCAGGGGUACGAGCAGCGCGCGACGCCCUCACAAAGGCGGUCAAAUCCUGCCCACACAACGUCGACGUCUGGCUCGCCUCAUCCCGACUUGAGGAGUCCGCCAACCUCACUAUGCGCGCCCGUGCUGUCCUCGAGAAGGCUCGUCUAUCCAACCCACGUAACGACUCCCUCUGGCUGGAAUCCGCCCGCAUAGAGGACCGAUCCGGCAACGCUGCAGAGUAUCGUCGUCUCCUCUCUCGUGGCCUGCAGGAAUGUCCGGCAAGUGGCAAGCUGUGGGCUGAGAGCAUCUUUGCUGAGCCUCGCCCAACACGCAAGACGCGCAGUGCUGAUGCGCUCAAGAAGACGGGCGACGAUGCGCGCGUUCUCUGUGCGGUAGCGCAGCUGUUUUGGGUAGAGGGGAAGUACGAGAAAGCCAGGCAGUGGUUCGAGCGUAGCGUGCGGGCGGAUGUCGCGUGGGGAGAUGGUUAUGCUUGGUGGCUGAAGUUUGAAAAGGAGCAGAGUGACAGUAGCGAGGAGAAGAGACAGCAGAUCGUGGAGGCUGCCUCGCGUAAUGAAGCCAAGUACGGCGAGGUAUUCCAGCAGGUGAACAAGAGCGAGGGGAGGCAGCGGGAGAAGUGGGGGAUGGAGAAAGUGCUGGAUGUCACCGCGCAGAAGCUCGUGCUCAAGAAGUGAGGGCUGCGAGCUGCCGAGUCUCGAUUCUCAAUCUGUAUCAUCAUUGUAAUGCCAACAGCGUCGACUCAUCGUAUGAUGC